UUGUUUUUUUGUUUUUUCUCUUGUUUUUCCUUUUGACCUGAUUUUUCUCGCACAGCAUUACUAAUAUGGAAAUAUGUUUAGAAGAAUCACACAUGUUUAACCUAGAUAGGAUUUCUUGCCGUUUAGGGGAAGGGGGUGGAGGGGAGGGAGGAAGAAAAAUUUGGAACACAAGGUUUUGCAAGGGUGGAUGUUGAAAGCUAUUUUUGCUUGUAUUUGGAAAAAUAAAAAAGCUAUUAUAAAUUUGCAACAACAGAGAAGAACGCUUGUUGCUUUGUCUUGAUGUGAGGAUUUAAACCUGCGACCUUGAGGGCUCCAAGUUCCCGGAGGAGGUCCGGCGCCCGCCUAGCAAGGGGCAGAUAGUGGGAUGCAACUGGCCCAGGAGGAGGGCGGGGAAGGAUGGAUGACGCGAGAGGAGGGGUUCCCCAGCGGAGGCUGCAGGGCCAGGAGGCGGGGCCGGGCUCUGCCCGCCCCUUCCGCAGCUGGAGCAGGGCCAUGGCCGGGCCUGGGCGGGAGUCCGGGGCCGCCGAGGACGCCGAUUUUGCGGAUUUGAGCGACUCGGAGUUCCCCGACUUUUCGGAGCUAAGAGAUAUUGAAGAACUUGGAAACCAAUCUGGCAGCUCUUUGGGGAACCCCAGAAAGCAAGCUGACUCAGGGCCGGGGAAACGGAAGCGAGAGGCAGAUGUCCCAACACCAAUGGAGAGGUUCCAGCUCAGGUACUUGUGGGUCACUGACCUGUCCACACAGAGCUGGUGUGAGCAGCAGAUGGUGUACAGGAAGGAGCUCCCAGGUUUCCAGUCGGUGGAAAAGGCUGCUGUGCUGGAUGCCGGAUCCAGUAUCCACCUGGCCAGAGAGCUGGAGCUCCAUGACCUUGUAAGCAUCCACACCUCCACUAAGGAAGACACGUGGGCAGUGAAGCUGCUGAACAUUCUCUCUAUGAUACCCACCCUGCAAGCAGGUGGGACAAUCCGGGAGUUCCCAGUCUUUGGGGAAAUAGAAGGGGUGUUCCUGGUUGGGGUGAUCGAUGAGUUACAUUACACUUCAAAGGGGGAACUGGAACUGGCUGAGUUGAAAACUCGCAAGCGACCCAUGAUGCCAUUGGAGGCUCAGAAGGAGAAAGACCGUUUCCAGGUCAGCCUCUAUAAAUGCAUCUUCGAUGCCAUGGUGCAGGGAAAGGUGACGUCUGCCAGCCUGGUUCACCACAUGAAGCUUUCCCCAGAGCUGCUGCUGGGGCGCCAGGUGCAGAGCCACGCCCGGCAGGGGGGCUUCCGUGUGAAAUCCUUCGGAGAUCUCCUGGAGCUGACUUUCUUGUCGUUGACGCUGUCCGACCUUCCGGUCAUUGACUCUCUGAAGAUAGAGUACAGCCAUCAGGAGACCAGCACCGUGUUGGGCACAGAGAUGGUUGUCUGUGAGGAGAAGCAGGUGAGGGACAAGCUUCGACACCACCUCGAGUACUGGACAGGACUCAGGGAGCCCCAGGGAGUGACCGCGAAGGAGGCGUGGAAGUGCCGCAUGUGCGACUACGCUGCCAUCUGCGAAUGGAGGCAAGGCGGUGGCCCAAGGACUUUGUCUCAGGGACAGCGUGCCAAGGUGACCCAGUGAGGCUGGAAGACCCAGCGGAGCCAGCUUCCUCCAGGCCAGGAGGAGUCCCAGGUGUCCCUGACCAAGAACCCCAUGGGAGCGGUUGACAGGGGAGCACUCUGGGAAUGUGCUCAUUUUGCAGCUACAACACUGCCUGAUUUCCUGGGCCUCAGAGAAACACAGAAUCCCCUUUUUCUCAGCGAUGCAUGUGGAGGAAGGGUCUGGUUCCCUGACUAGAAUUCUGCUGCCCUCAUCCUGGAGAGGUCCUGGAAGGGGCUGCACAGGGACUGCCCAGGGCUUUCUGGGACGGCGGGCUGAGCAGCCAUUGUCCCUUCUUUUUCUUAAAGAAAAUCCUGCUCUCCCAUUCUUUGAGUUUUCCAAAGCAGGAGAGUCUGUGGCUUCCCAGUAACCAGUUGUCCCAAGGUCACACGCCAGGUCAGCAGCAGGGCUACAGCCAAGAGCCAGCUCUCCUCCAUGGGACACUGCAGAUAGGGGACAGCCUUGGGGCCAAGGCAGCAGGCUGUCUUGGCCCUUCUGCAAUGGAUUUUUCUUUCAUAAAAACUGAUUGCUGUCCUUUGUGUUCUUGACACCUUCAUCUCCCUUCCCCCAGAGAACUACCCUUUGUAACCAAGAGUAAAGAAGAAAAAAAUGGAUGGGAACACAUUGACCAAGAUGGUCAAAUCCACUUCCAGCCCCUUCCCUGAAGAAAGGGGGGAGGGGAUUUCUUCUUUAGGAUGAAGCUUCAUCAUUAGAAUUAGAUAGCCUUCAUUUUGUGCUUCCUUCCUUCCUGCCUGCCUGCCUGCCUUCCUCAUCCUUCCUGCCUUCCUUCCUACCUGCCUCCCUCCUUCUCUUGCUUCCUCUUACGUCCCUCUCUCCUGCCUUCCUUCCUCAACUUUCUUUCUUUCUUCAUUCUUUCUUCUUCUUUCCCUCCUUUUCUUUUUUCCUUGACUCUCAUUUAUUUCAACACCCACAGGCCUGAUUUCUGGAUCGUUUCUCCCCUUUUUAAGCAGCUCAGUGGUUCCCUCACCCCCUGGAGUGCCAUAAUGAAUGAAAUUCUUCACCUUGCCUUAGAAGCAUUUUAUUUUUCAGUUCUGAAUCAGAUCCUUUGAUUGUAGAAGGAAGAUGGGGCAAGGGUUAUUCUUCCUGCUUGAUAAUGGUAGAAAAAGAGGGAAGAGGCACUGA